AUGGCAAUGACACAAAUUCCUAACGAUAUUUCCGCAAUACCAAAAUUUAAAGUAGUUGUGGUUGGUGAUGGCGGUGUUGGGAAAUCGGCAUUAACUAUUCAGUAUUUUCAACACAUGUUUCUCGAAGAUCAUAAUCCUACCAUUGAGGAUUCUUAUUUGCAAAAUGUUGAGGUCGAUGGGGAGUGGUGCGUUUUAGAUGUUCUAGACACCGCAGGUCAGGAUGAGUUCAGCGCCAUGCGAGAGCAGUACAUGCGCAAGGGCCACGGCUUCAUCAUCGUCUACUCGGUCACAGACCAACAGAGUUUCCGUCAGGUGCGCCGUUUCUACACGCAAAUUUUACGUGCUCGUGAUCGCGACUCUUACCCCAUGAUCCUCGCGGCUAACAAAAUCGACCUUGUCCAACAACGUGUCGUCACUCCAGAGGACGGCCAAAACCUCGCUCAGGAACUUGGCGUUCAAUAUAUUGAAACUAGCGCGAAAAAUCCUCCAGUGAAUGUAGAUCUUAUCUUUCAUGACCUCAUUCGAAUCAUUCGGUGA